CGCAGACCUGGCCCAUUCUCCCACUCCAUACUUCAAAGACUUGCAGUCUGGUCUCGUUGAGCGGGCAGACCUUUGUCAAUUGUUGCAAUUGUACCCCCCACUUUUGAUUUGUCUUCACUUCUCACACUCGUUUCCCCAUCUCCAAGCAGCGACUGCAAGGCGGUCUUGCGAAAUCCCUCAAGUAUCUCCCUAUCGCCGCUACAUCUGCGCCAGUCGAGAUACUCGGUUCUUUCCCUGUAUAGGUCAUUUCCUGGCCAAUAUACAAAAUGAGGCCAGCUUUGCUGGCGUGCGCUGUCGCAGCCUUCUUCUCUACCUCGAUCGCGGCGCCGCCAGGGUCACAGAGAGGGAACGCGGUAAUAGCAGAUGAGGCAGUCCAGGGAGAGACUCCAGCCGACGGAGGAGAGGGCGCGGAUUAUACUAUUUUCAAUGGCAUCAAGGUGCCGCCGAUGAAAGAGAUACAAGGCGAUGAGUUCGCCGAGACGAUAAAAGAUGGAUAUUGGUGGGUCAAACACUACUCACCUUACUGCGGGCACUGCAAAGCAAUCGCACCACUCUGGCAGACUCUGUACGAAUUCUACGCAACGUCAGAUCCUUUACAGGGCAUGACAAAGUCCGGCCAGCCCGACCUGUUCUCGCCGAACAGCUUUCAUGGAUACUACAACUUUCACUUUGCCUCGAUAAAUUGCAUUGCCUUUGGAGAUGUUUGUGACAAGAAUGGGGUAAGAGCCUGGCCAACGUUCCUGCUGUACAAAGAUGGCGAAUUUGUCGAAAAAUACACUGGAGGCAAAUCAAUGGAGGAUUUCAGCAACUAUGUCGAAGAAAAGCUGGAACAGAUCAAGCCCGGCUCCAGACCAAGAGAAGGGGUUCGCGUUCCAAAACCUGGCGCAAAAGGUGUCGAUAGAACAGCUGAGCCAGAGAAGCCAUUGGCCAAAGACAAAGAUGUCGCCGCUGGUGUCGCUGCCGGAGAGAAACAGAACAAGGCAGCGGCACUGUCGACUGAGACUACAUCGGCAAUGUUGGCCUCAGAGACCGCAAGACUCGGAAAGUCUCAGAAUGCAAAGACUGGGCCCCAGCCAAACCCAAAGGGCGCCUCCGUCCCUCUCACUCCAGAGUCCUUCCAGAAGCUUGUCACUACUUCUCAAGACCCAUGGUUCGUCAAGUUCUACGUUCCAUGGUGUUCGCAUUGUCAGCAUCUUGCUCCAACAUGGGCUCAAUUGGCGAAGGAAAUGGAAGGCAAGCUCAACAUUGGAGAGGUCAAUUGCGAAGCAUCUCCGCGGUUAUGCAAGGACGCCAAGGUCAGCGCUUAUCCCACCAUCUACUUUUUCCGGGGCGGUGAGCGUGUGGAGUAUGAAGGCCUUCGUGGUCUAGGUGACCUUCUUUCGUUUGCAAACAAAGCGCUAGACAGCGAUGUCAAGUAUGUGGACGCCGCUGCAUUCAAGGAGAUGGAGGAGACGGAAGAAGUAAUCUUCGUCUAUUUCUUCGACCAUGCUACAACGUCUGAAGAUUUUGCCGCCCUCGAUCGACUGACUCUGAGCCUGAUCGGACACGCAAAGAUUGUCAAGACAGACUCCGAGAUCCUGGCAAACCGGUUUAAGAUCUCGACGUGGCCAAGAUUACUGGUGUCCCGGGACGGACGACCAAGCUAUUUCAACGCCCUUGCUCCAAAGGACAUGCGCGACUUCCGACGAGUUCUGACCUGGAUGCAGUCGGUUUGGCUACCAAUUGUACCUGAACUGAGUGCUUCUAAUGCGAAGGAGAUCAUGAGCGGAAAAUACGUGGUGCUUGGCAUUCUUUCUCGAGAUCGACCGGAUGAGUUUCUACAAUCCAAGAGGGAAUUAAAGAACGCCGCGCUGGAAUGGAUGGAUAAGCAAACACAAGCUUUCCAGCUGGAAAGACAAGAGCUGCGCGACUCGAAGCAAUUGCGCAUCGAAGAGGCCGAAGAUCGCAAUGACCAACGGGCCUUACGUCAAGCGAAGAGCAGAGUUAUCAGCAUCACCGAGGAGACAUUCCGGAAGCAGGUUGCGUUUGCCUGGGUGGAUGGUGUUUUCUGGGAGAGAUGGCUCAGGUCAACUUAUGGUGUGGAUGUCUCCAAGGGGGAGAGAGUGGUCAUUAAUGACGAGGACAACCGACGUUACUGGGAUGUGACCGACUCUGGGGCAUAUAUCAUGCCCUCUCGCACCUCCAUCCUCGAAACGCUACCCCGAAUUGUCGCUAACCCGCCAAAGCUCACUCCAAAGUCCACCAUCGGUGCCUUUGAGAACGUUUUCUUCCAGAUUCGAAAUUUUGGCACCUACCAUCCGUAUCUGUCAUUCGGAUUGUUGAUAAUAAGUGUGAUCCUGCUAUUCUGGGUGUUGAGGAACGGCAGCACCAUCAAGAGGACAUUGAGUCGGAAUAGCUCGGGCUAUUUCCACUUGGAUGGGAAGGAGGGACUGUUGGGGACAACGAACGGCAAGGCUGAUUGAGGUUUUACUGGACAUUAUGAGAGAAUAUAUUAUUCAAGCGGCAGGCGAGGUAGUUCCUACAUGUACAGAGCAUUGCAUUGGCGUUCGGAUGGGCUGAAGGUCUAAAGGGGGUCGCUAGAGGCCCAACCUAUUGCCAGGAGAUUCCGAGUCGAUGUUGGCUAUCACUAGGUUUCGUGGAACACAAAAUUUCCGAUUCGAUCUGAUCAUUGGCAUCGCUCGACCUCGAACAGCCUGUGUGCGAGUAACUUGGUCGAACCCGGGAGGAUGAGCCAGCAUAGAUUCCCCAGGAGUGAGUGUGAGGAAGGCGGUUAGUCAAAGCCUUACACUCCUGACGUAGUGCAGAAAUGCAAGAGGGAGAGGAAGAAGGAAAGGUUUUGGCAAUCAAGCUUCGUCCGUGAGGGACUAGGCGACACCUUGAA